AUGGAUUAUAAGAAAAAGCAAUCAACAGCAAAAGUGGCAAACAAAUCGGACAGGUUGCCAUUGAAAAAAUUGGGAAUGUCUAGUAGUAAUAGUAAUAAUAACAGUAGCAAUGUUCUCAACAACUCUAAUAAAAGGGAAACGAAAAGUUUUCGUAUUGCCUCUCAAGCGAUGUUGGGCGCUGUGAUGAAACUUUUGUCGUCCUCAACAGUAGUUAAUCUAAAGACCGCCGAACUGGUCAAUAACAAUAACUUCAAACCCCAGAACAAUGAUAUUAUCGAACUAUCACAUUCGAUAAAUAAUCUCAGUUUGGAUGAAAAUGCUGACAAAUGUGGAAAAAAGAUCGAAGAAGAUUCAACAACGAUAAAAACGUCAAUGGAAAGAAAUUCAAUGUCUCUCAUUUCUUAUAAGCCUGAUAAACAUACGAUUAAUCAAAUAGAAGCAGCAAACGUUCCAAAGCCAAUCCAGCCGCGGAUGUGGUCAUUAGAUAACUUUGAGAUCGGAAGUCCUCUCGGUAAAGGAAAAUUCGGUCGAGUUUAUCUUGCCAGAGAAAAAAGUAGCGGUUAUAUUAUUGCAUUGAAAAUAUUGUUCAAACAGGAGUUGCACGCUGCCAAAGUUGAAAAACAGCUGCGUCGUGAAGUAGAAAUCCAGUCUCACCUACGCCAUCCGAAUAUUCUGCGCCUCUUUGGCUAUUUUUAUGAUGACCAACGGGUAUAUUUGAUAUUGGAAUAUGCUGCUAAAGGGGAACUCUACAAGAAACUUAAAAGUUGCAAAAGAUUUACUGAAAAGCGUGCAUCUAGAUAUGUCAAUCAAAUGGCCAAUGCGCUAGUUUAUCUACACAAAAAACACGUAAUUCAUCGUGACAUCAAACCUGAGAAUCUGUUGUUAGGGAUGAACGGUGAACUUAAAAUCGCUGAUUUUGGUUGGUCAGUUCACGCACCUAACGCGAGACGCAAAACUCUAUGUGGCACAUUGGAUUAUUUACCUCCGGAAAUGGUUGAAGGACGUGAACAUGAUGCCAGAGUUGAUUUGUGGUCACUCGGCGUUUUGUGCUACGAAUUUCUAGUUGGUAUACCUCCUUUCGAGGAUUUGAGUGGCCAUUCGGCCACCUACAAACGAAUUGCCUUAGUGGACUUAAAAAUACCUGAUCAUAUUUCCCCGGAAGCACAGGAUUUGAUAGUGGCGCUAUUACAAUAUGAUCCAAACAAACGACUCCCUCUUGAACAAGUGGUUAAACAUCCAUGGAUUCUACUAUACAAUCAAAUCGGAUCCAAUGCAUGUGAAGAGUUUGAAUAA